AUGGCGCGAAAUUCCGAGAAAGCGCAGUCGAUGCUGUUCCGCUUCCGCGAGGCGCAAGCGGCGGACCUGGGCAUCAUCGACGCGGGGCGGACGCGGCGGCCGCGGGCCAUCACGGAGCAGGACAGCAUCCCGUCGUGCGAGAAGUGGCGGGGCCAGGUGCUAAAGGACAUCUCGCGCAAGGUGUCACGGAUCCAGGAGCCGGCGCUCAGCGACUACCAGAUCCGCGACCUCAACGACGAGAUCAACAAGCUGAUGCGCGAGAAGCACAUGUGGGAGGUGCAGAUCCGCAAUCUGGGCGGGCCCAACUACAUGCGCGGCGGCGCCAAGGUUUACGACGAGUCCGGGCGCGAGAUCCCCGGGGGAGGCCGGGGUUACAGGUACUUUGGGCGCGCCAAGGAGCUUCCGGGUGUCAAGGAGUUAUUCGAGGCCGCGGCAAAGGCCAAGCACGACGACGAGAAGCCGCUCGAGGCCCGCGCCGACCUGCGCAAGCAGGUCGACGCCGCCUACUACGGCUACGCGCCCGGCCAGGAGGACAGCGAGCUGCUCGCCUACGAGGCCGCCAAGGAGCGCCAGGCCUUUGGGAACCUCGCCGCACAGGGCCCAGAAGAGACGCCCCCCGGCUGGGAACCCUUGCCUGGAGACAUGGGCGACGGCCGCAGCUGGGAGCUGCCGACGGUGGAAGAGGUAGAACAGGAGCUCCUCGACCGGAGGAAAAGACGGCUUCUCGAUCAGCUAUAG